GAUUCGGAGGAAAAAGGCUUACCCAGCGUUUGCAUAUUUGAAAGAGUUGGGUGGGAACUUGGGGAGACACGUUUGCCCACGGCACUCCUAUUGGUUUAUCGGUGACGCGACGACGCGGAGGAGUUGCGCUUAACACUUUAUAAAAGCGUCUCCGUCCGCGGCGAGCCACUCUUUUAAAGACCGCUGUGGCCGAAACUUCUCCGACACUCGCGUACUGGAAGCAGCUGAGAAAACCUCCACUUCACCGUCCAUCAUGAGCGAGAGACAAGGAUCUGGCGCGGCUGCUGGCAACAACAAGACAUCUGGAGAACAAGAUGCGUCCAAGACGGACGUCCCGGAGGACUUUGACAUCGACAUGGAAAACCCGGAGACCGAGAAGGCGGCCGUCGCCAUUCAGUCCCAGUUCAGGAAGUUCCAGAAGAAGAAGCGCGUUGAGAAGUCCUAGUGAGCGCCACAGCGCUCUGCCACUGUGCGUCCCGGGUGGGGGGGGGGGGGG